ACUCUCCUCCCUCAAUAAAACAGCAACAUCCGGAGCCCCAGUGCCCCACCCAACGCGAAAGCAAAGCAGAAAAAAAUUGGAAAUCGAAUUCUAGGCUGUGAAUCGGAGAGAUAGAGAUGGCGUUGCCGAAGGCCAAGGAACUCGUUUCCUCCAAUUCCGUUGUCGUGUUCAGCAAGACGUACUGUCCCUUCUGCGUGAGCGUGAAGAAGCUUUUGCAGGAACUUGGAGUCAAUUUCAAGGCCGUCGAGCUUGAUAAUGAAAGUGAGAUCGCGAUGGGUUCGCGAGGUGCGAACGAACCCAGCUCGUGGGUUCACACCCAGGAGCCUGGGUUCACACCUCGCGAACCCAAGAACUGGGUUAACGAGGAACCCAGGCUCUUGGGUGCGAACCCAGGAGCUAGGUUCGCGAGGAACCCAGGCUCCUGGGUGUGAAGUGCGAACCCACGAGCUGGGUUUGCGAGGAACCCAGCUCGCGGGUUCGCACCCAAGAGCCUUUUUCUCCUUCAUAUUAACACUGGUUAGUUCAUUGGUUCAUUUUGUUUGUUCGUUAUGGUUGUCUUUUAGGUUUUGCGAACCCAGGCUCUUGGGUUUGCUUAGAGGUAAAAGAAAAAAAAAAAGGCUAGAGGAAGGAGAAGCCGGGGAAGAAGACGAGGGUAUAUCAGUAAUUAAAAGUAAAAAAUUUAA